AUGACAAGAAGAUAUGGUCCGACUGACACCUCUCCUACUGGGCUCGGCCUGGCCGCCGGGAAAACGAUCACGCCUUCCCAGACAUCAGCCAUCGCCACCGCCGCCACCAAGGCGGCCAAGACGCUGCAGACGCCGACCCAGAACCGACAGGGCGCCGUCCGCUUCCCAGCCGUGCCGGCUGACCGGCAGGCGUUCCAGCAGCUGCAGAAGGUGUACCAGAGCCUGCCAACCAACGUCAAGAGCCAGGCCGCGUCGCCGGUGACGCCGAUCAACAGGGACGGGGGACACCACCACUCCAGCUCCUCCGGCUAUGUGCAGCCGAGCCAUGGCUACAGCCAGCCCAGCGUCGGCUACAGUCAGUCUAGCUACGAUGACUCUGACAGCUACGGCUACACGGAGGCGCAGUCGUACAGCAGCGGCGGCGGCCUGCUGGACAACCUGGGCAAGUACGGCGCCAUCAUCAUCCCGAUCCUGCUGGUCAUCGGGCUGUUGUUCCUGUUCCCAUCUGUGGUCAACGUCUCUGGCACCCGGCGACGACGCGCCGCGGCUCCCGUGGAUGACCUGGAUGAUCCGUCCGAUGACCUAGUGUACCGCCUGAGAACCAUCUACGAAUCUAUCAGCGAGGACCCGCUGUGCACCAGCCGGCUGUUCUGCGAGCUGGGCUCGGUGGUCGGCGACACGCCCUACACUGAACGCAUCCUCAAGUAUAUCGGCGUGUUCUACCCCAGCAAAAGCACCAAUAUGCUGGUGAUGAGGAAAGCGGCGCUCGCAGACGAUCCCAAGUGCCAGCUGUUGGCGUGUGCGGCCUGGGAAGAUGAGUAGGAGACGAGCGGUUGACCUUCCAACCUUGCGUGGAAGGCAGCAGGCGGGCGACACUGGCUCGACGCCGCGGUGCGA